UGCAGCACCCGCGGCUGAGGAUGAACCACGAUACCAUCACAUGCUUGGCCCAAAUUACUCGACCCGGCCCAUUUUCCACGCAGCCUCACAAACGCAUGCCACUUUUCUUUUCUUCUUCUUCAUCUUCUGUAGCACUUGAUCGUCUUCGUCGAUCAAUGCAUUGGAAAGAUACACCCUUGUUUGUUCAUGGGUUUUAAAUGAGAAAAUUCACGCCCCUUUUCUCCUUUCUUCAUCACAAUCACUGUCAUUUCCUCAAACCCUUUUCUUCAACUUCAAUCGCUUCUCUCUCUCAACAGCCCGAUCUUCCUUCUCAGAUCUUCACCAUUCUCUCUCGCCCCAAAUGGCGAAAAGACCCUUCUUUUAACACCUUAAUCCCUUCUCUAACCGUAACCCACCUCUCUUCCCUCUUCAACCUCAACCUUGACCCUCUCACCGCCUUGAACUUCUUCCGAUGGAUCCAUCGCCAACACGGUUUUAUCCACACCGCUUAUUCAUAUGAACCCCUUCUCCUCAUUCUCGUUCGCAAUGGGUUGCUUCGUGCUGCCGAGAAUGUUCGAAACUCCAUGAUCAAGUCUUGUGCUUCCCCUCACGAUGCUACCUUCGUGUUGAACCUCUUGCGUCGAAUGAACACCACUGAGGAUCAACAACUUGCUUUUAAGCUUUCUAUUACUUCGUAUAACAGGCUUUUGAUGUGUUUGUCGCGUUUUGUUAUGAUUGAUGAGUUGAAGAGUUUGUUUAAGGAGAUGUUGGAUGAUGGAGUUGCCCCUAACUUGAUAACGUUUAAUACAAUGUUGAAUGUUUAUUGCCAGUUAGGGAACGUGGUUGUGGCGAAGCUUUUUUUUAAUAGGUUGCUAAAAGGUGGGUUGUUACCUGAUUCAUUCACGUACACUUCAUUGAUAUUGGGUUAUUGUAGAAGUCAAGAUGUGGAGAGAGCUUAUAGAGUGUUUCGGAUUAUGGCGCAGAGCGGUUGCCGGAGGAGCGUGGUUUCGUAUACUUAUCUUAUACAUGGUCUUUGUGAAGCUGGGCAGCUUGAUGGAGCUCUCGAGUUGUUCUUGCAAAUGAAGGAAGAUCGAUGUUUUCCCACUGUUCGAACUUAUACAGUUCUUAUAGGUGCUUUUUGUGAGUCGGGUAAAGGGGUGGAAGCCCUGAAUCUCUUUGAGGAGAUGGUGGAAAGAGGUUGUCAGCCUAAUGUUUAUACUUACACUGUGUUGAUUGAUUACUUUUGCAAGGAGGGCAGGAUGGAGGAGGCGAUGAAAAUGCUAAACAAAAUGCUGGAGAAAGGUAUGGCUCCUAGUGCUGUCCCGUACAAUUCCUUGAUUGUUGGAUAUUGUAAACGGGGAAUGAUGGAGGAUGCCUUGGGUGUUUUGGGUCUAAUGGAGUCGAAUAAAGUUUGUCCAAAUGCUCAGACAUAUAAUGAAUUGAUUUUUGGUUUUUGUAGGAGUAAAAGCAUGGACAGGGCAAUGGCAUUGCUUAACAAAAUGUUUGAAAGUAAGCUGUUGCCCAACGUCAUCACGUAUAAUACAUUAAUUCAUGGGCUGUGUAAAGCAGGUGUUGUAGAUAGUGCUUUUCGCCUGUUUUAUUUGAUGAUUAAAGAUGGCUGCAGUCCUGAUCAGCUGACUUUUAGCUCGUUGAUAGACUGCCUCUGUAGAAUUGGCAGAGUUGGAGAAGCUCAUCAGAUCUUUGAGUCCAUCAAAGACAAACACAUCAAAGCAAAUGAACAUAUAUAUACAGCCUUGAUUGAUGGAUACUGCAAAGCUGGGAAAAUUGAAGAUGCCCUUUUAUUGUUCAAAAGGAUGCUUGCUGAGGAAUGUUUGCCAAACUCCAUCACGUUUAAUGUAUUGAUAGAUGGCUUACGCAAAGAGGGUAAAAGGCAAGAUGCAAUGUUGUUGGUGGAAGACAUGGUAAAGUUUGAUGUGAAGCCCACUGAAAAUACUUAUACUAUUCUCAUUGAGGAAAUAUUGAAGGAAGGUGACUUUGACCGAGCUAAUGAGAUUCUCAACCAAAUGAUUUCCUCUGGUUAUCAACCUAAUGUGGUCACAUAUACUGCAUUUAUUAAGGCAUAUUGCAGCCAGGGAAGAUUACAGGAGGCUGAAGAGAUGAUGGUCAAAAUUAAAAAUGAAGGCAUAUUGCUUGAUUCCUUGAUCUAUAAUAUUUUAAUCAACGCGUAUGGGUGUAUGGGACUGCUAGAUAGUGCAUUUAGUGUUUUCAAAAGCAUGUAUAAUACUGGUUGUGAGCCUUCUCGUCAAACAUACUGCAUCCUAAUGAAGCAUCUAAUAAUUGAAAAAUAUAAGAAGGAAGGCAGGAAUCCUGUGGGACUUGAUUUCAGUUUAACAAAUAUGUCUGAUGAAAAUGUAGAUAUAUGGAAUAUAAUUGACUUUGAAAUCACAACUGUGCUCUUUGAAAAAAUGGUGCAGCAUGGUUGUGUGCCUAAUGUAAACACUUACAGCAAGGUUAUUAAAGGACUUUGCAAAGUGGGACGCUUGACUGUAGCCUUCAGGUUGCUAAAUUAUAUGAGAGAAAGUGGAAUCUCUCCCUCUGAAAAUGUUCAUAAUACCCUUCUUAGUGGUUGCUGCAAGUUGGGAAAGUAUGGGGAGGCAGUGAGAUUGUUAGAUACUAUGUUGGAGUGUAGUCAUUUAGCACAUUUAGAAUCCUAUAAGCUUCUUAUUUGUGGGCUUUGUGCACAAGGGAACAAAGAGAAGGCUGAAGCAAUUUUUCGUAGUUUACUACAGUGUGGGUAUAAUUAUGAUGAAGUGGCUUGGAAAGUUCUAAUUGAUGGCUUAGCUAAGAGUGGAUAUCUUGAUCAAUGCUCAGAAUUUCUGAAUCAUAUGAAGAAGAAUGGUUGUGUGUUACAUUCUGAGACGUAUUCUAUGUUAAUGCAGGAGCUGAACAGAAUUUAACAAAAUGAUUGUAUAUUUUUCCCUGGAAUGAUACUGGUGGAAACCGAUUGAUAUUUUUUUUAUGACUCUGUCUAAGGUUGUACUGACAACACCUGAAAUUUGUAUUACUAUAUCAGCAAGUUAGCUGCAAACAGCUCUUUCUUCAAAUAUGGUAACACUUCAAGGGCACAGCCAAGGUUAACUGUGACAUCGACGCAGCUUGAGAGAAAACAGCAGAAUAUCAAGAGGUCAACUCUCUGCAACUCGUGGUCCACAGUUGAGGAUGUGGAAUGAUAACCCAGAUAUUUUACUAGUUCAAUGUUGUCUACUGUAACUCCAACAACUAUAAUUGCAGGCUCACGAAUAAAUUUCAGUCAGAUCCGUUGGUAUUGGUCGAAUUCAUUUCAAACCUAUGUAGUUCCUGUAGUGAUGGGAGCUUAGUCUCCUACCUUAAUUGGAGUAAUCAGUAAUUGCCUUUUGGAGGUAGAACAAAAGUUAUAAUUGUUCUAACAAAACCUACAGAAUUUUUUACGCAAUUUUGUUAACAUAAUUGAUGAGUUGGACAUUUAAAUUUA